GCCUUACCAUUUCAUAGCAAUUUCGAUUUGAGCGUUUUUCAAUCUCAUUUAAUAGUUAUCCAUUUCUCUCUUGUUCUUCUCUGUGAAUUAUAUUCACUCAUCUCUCUUUUUCAUAAUCUGCUUAAGAAGAUGUCUUGCUGCGGAGGAAACUGUGGAUGCGGCGCUGGCUGCAAGUGCGGUACCGGUUGUGGAGGGUGCAAGAUGUACCCAGACUUCUCUGGAGAGAGGACAACCACAGAGACCAUGAUUGUUGGGGUCGCUCCUGAGAAAGCGUCGUUCGAGGGUUCCGAGAUGGGCGUAGGGGCCGAGAACGAUGGCUGCAAGUGUGGAGCCAACUGCACCUGCGAUCCCUGCAACUGCAAGUGAAGGUCGGAGAGGGAUGAGUAGAUGUUUAUAUAAAUAAUAUAAUGUAAUAGAGAUAUGUUCUCACUGUGUUGCCGUCGUCAUCGUCGUGGGUCUGGUGUGAAGCUUUUCUUAGGAGUAUACUCUUUUGUGUGAAAAGCUUAGCUUCCAAAUAAGGUAGUUUUGUCAUAGCUAGUUGGAUGUGUUGCAGAGUUGCAGUUGUUUCAUGGCUGCAUUUGUUAGUGUAUUUGGUUUCAGAGAAAGGCUGUUUAUGAAAUUGGAGGAAUGUGAACCCCUUUCGAUA